UGUCGGUGUAUCGAGCAACAAACCUUAUCUGAUCUGCAUACAGAAACCAUGAAGGCUGUCGACACCACGAUCGCGCUUUUCACUUUAGCCGCGCUGUCGCCGGCGGCAGCGUUUGUUCCGUCUGCGGCAAGCAGGGCGGCACUCGGACGCACUCGAGCGUUGCCCCAAAAGUCUCAACCGACCUGCGCCCCCGCGGACAAGUCCUCGGCGGUGUUCCACAGCGGUAAGGGGGCGUCGGCGCUGUUUGGGACGGGACCGUCCUACACCGACGUCGUGUCGGAGACUGAGGGGGAUGAGGAUGGGGAUGAGGAGGGGGGAAAGAAGAAGAAGAAGAAGAAGGACAAGAAGAGCGGUGGAGACAAGGAGAAGGUGAAGCUGGAAGCUGAGGUUACCUUCUUUGAGGGGGGUCCGGAUCCCUCCGAGGUGGUGGCCCCCGCUGUGUCCAUCCUGACGGUCAUCGGGAUCGUGCCCUUCUCGGCGGCGCUGGCUCGCCAGGCCUGGGUGAAGUACACUCUCACUUCACGACGCAUCAAGAUCGUGAGCGGCUGGAACGGGAAGGACACGACGGAGGUGGUAUACCCCGACAUCGUGGACAUGGUGUACGUAUGGCGGUUCUUCGGAAGGUGUGGAGACUUGGUGCUGACAUUGCGGGACGGGUCUAAGCUGGAGAUCCGGUCUUUGCCGGACUUCGAGCGCAACUACAACUACAUCCGCGAACGCACGUCGGCAAGCUGCCAAGAGAAGAGCGCGGUACUCAAGCCGCAGAACUAG